CUCCCUGCUCGUCCCCUUUGGAGUCAAGUCAACGUACAGCUUCUUCUCAGACGCUCAAAUCUGCGUCUUGAACGCGGCAUAUUCUUGGCGCAAGAUGCAUAUCAAGACAUUGACAAUUCAGGGCUUCAAAUCUUAUCGCGACCAAGCUCAAAUCGAAUCUUUCUCUCCGAGGCAUAAUGUAGUGGUUGGCAGGAAUGGUUCAGGGAAAAGUAACUUCUUUGCAGCAAUACGAUUCGUAUUGUCCGAUGCAUACACAUCAAUGUCUCAGGAGGAACGACAAUCUCUUCUUCACGAAGGAGUCUCUACAACCACGACGCUGUCAGCAUAUGUGGAAAUCAUCUUCGACAAUUCCGACAAUCGCUUCCUCACUGGAAACAACGAGGUCAUCAUUCGCCGCACGAUUGGCUUGAAGAAAGUGGAAAGUGCCGGCUUUAGUAAAUCCAAUCCUUACUAUAUCGUUCCACAAGGGCGUAUCACCGCCCUUACUAACGCGAAAGACCACGAACGACUUGCGCUCCUCAAAGAAGUUGCUGGGACGAAAGUGUACGAACAAAGAAGAACCGAAUCUCUGAAAAUAAUGGCAGAAACGGAGGCUAAGCGAACAAAAAUCAACGAGCUUUUGGACUACAUAGAGUCUAGGUUAACAGAAUUGGAAGAAGAGAAGGAAGAGUUGAAAGAAUUUCAGGAGAAGGACAAGGAGAGGCGGUGUUUGGAAUACGCACUGUAUCAGCGUGAGCUGGGAGAGGUUGGAGAGGCCUUGGAGGAAAUUGAGGAGGACAGAAGAACUGAGGUCCAUGGGGCGAACAUCCGAAGAGAGAAGUUCAACGAAAGGGAGAAGGAAAUACAGGAUCUUGAAAAAUCUAUCUCGGAGACUCGACACGCUCUGGAGGCCUCAAAUAUCACUAAACAGGACACGCGCUUUGAACUCACCGAGAUGAUUCGUUCUCGGACUGCUCUUGAAUGCGUGGUCAACGACCUCCGGAAUGCUGGGUUACGUUCUAAAAACAAGCGCAAAGGACUCGAGCUCGAGCUCACGACGAUUACGGAAACAAUCACUUCUCGGGAAACCUCUCUGGACGCUCUUCUCCCUGACUGGGAGUCUGUCAGAUCCCAAGAGAGUACAGAGAAGCGAAAACUCGAUGAAGCUAGCGCCAAACUAUCUGCGCUUUUCGCCAAACAAGGGCGUGUGACCAAGUUUCGUACAAAGGCGGAACGAGAUACCUUUUUGAAGCAGGAGAUUCGUUCCAUGCAGUCGCAUACGGGUGCACAAAACGAAGCUCUUGAUAUGACGAGAAGCGAACUUGAGAAUGCAAAGACAUCACGUUUGCAAAUCGAAAGGGAGAUCGCCGCUGUUCAGGGGAAGAUCGAGGAUGGGAGACAAAAAGUAGCAGAGUUGUCUCUACAGGCCAGCACGCUGCGAGAGAAGCAUGCUGAAUUAGUGGAGGAGAGGAAGGAUAAGUGGAGGGAAGAUACCAAAUUAGAGAGCUUGGUUGGAAGAGCUGCUGAGGAGAUGAGAAGUUCGGAGCGAAUACUUGCCGGAAUGAUGGACAAGGAUACUGGCACCGGCCUCCGUGCGGUUGAUAGAAUUGCAGAACGUUAUAAACUCAGAGGCGUUCAUGGUCCUAUGUACCGAUUGUUCGAGGUCACAGAUCCAAAAUUCAACAUUGCAGUAGAGUUGACUGCGGGAAAUAGUCUGUUCCAUGUUGUGGUGGAUAACGACGAGACAGCUUCCAAGGUUCUUGAAGUCAUGCUUAAGGAGAAGACUGGGCGUGUCACUUUCAUGCCUCUCAACCGACUCAAACCCAAGAAUCCUCCCGUACCAAACAUGGCCGACGCCAUUCCGUUACUUGAAAAGCUCCGUUUCGAUGUUGCGCACGUUAAAGCCUUCCAGCAAGUCUUUGGAAAGACGUGUGUUUGCCGUGACUUGACGAUCGCGGCUGCAUACGUGAAAAGUCACGGUAUCAACACUAUCACUCUCGAUGGUGACAAAGUUGACCGUAAGGGCGCACUUACGGGUGGUUAUCAUGACAUUCGAAGGUCCAGGAUCAAUGCAAUCAAGGAUGUCACCGCAUGGCGAGUCAGGUACGAGGAGGAGAGCAAGAAAUCGAAAGAUAUCAAGGAUGCCAUCGUUCAGUUAGACCAGCGUAUUACUCAACUAUCCGGGCAAAUGUCUGUUUUGACUGCUCAGCAGAAUCAAAUCCGAGAGGCGAGAGAACGAUUGAUGCACGAGGGAAUGAUGAUGUCAAAGGAGAAGGAUAAGCUCAAUGAGCGUAUCGAAACGCUGGAGAAGGAUGUGCAGGAACUGGAAACUGAAUUAUCCGAGUUAGAGACGAAGAUUUCAGGAUAUCAGAAUGAGUUGAAAACUCCCCUUACUCAAGACCUUAGUGCUGAAGAAGAACAACUCAUAGAAAACUUGGGAAAGGAGGUUGAGAAGAGACGUAAGGAUAUGGUACAGCUAGCAAAACGAAAGGCCGAGGUCGAGGGCAAGAAGAACAGUAUCGAAAUCGAGCUAAACGAACGGCUGCGAAGACGUAGAGAUGAAAUCCGUCUCAAGCUUGACGCCCUAAUUGAGCCCGAAGGAGAUGAUUCUACGAGUGCAGACGAUAUGGAGGCGAAAGCUAAGGAACUCGAACAUCUUGUCCAUUCGAUCUCAACGUUGACCAGGAAGUCCCAAGCGAUGGAUAAGGAGAACGAACAACUUACAAACAAAAUACAAGAACUACAGAAAAAGCUCGAAGAGGUUCAAAACCAGCAGACGGAGGAUAGUCGCAACAUCUCCCGACAACAGAAGACGACCGAACGAUACCUUGCGAAAAGGCAAAUGCUGAUGGGCCGUAAGGAGGAAUGCAGUCGUAAUAUUCGUGAUCUAGGUGUCCUUCCUGAAGAAGCCUUUGAGCGGUAUACCCAUGAAAAGCUAGAUAGGCUCGUGAAAAAAUUGCAUACGGUGAAUGAAGGCCUGAAAAAGUUUGCUCACGUCAACAAAAAGGCGUUUGAGCAGUAUAACAAUUUCACGAAACAGCGGGACCAACUUCUUCAAAGAAGAGAAGACCUUGAAAAAUCCGCCAAGUCUAUCGAAGAACUGGUGGAAGUCUUGGACCAGCGCAAGGACGAAGCAAUUGAACGGACUUUCAAGCAAGUUGCUAGCAACUUCGAGGAAGUAUUUGAGAAGCUUGUACCUGCUGGACGUGGCCGUCUGAUCAUUCAACGGAGGAUAGAUCAGGACGAAGUUGACGAAGCAGAAGAAACUCAACAAAGCACGAUUGACAACUAUACCGGUAUCGCAAUCAAAGUCUCUUUCAACUCGAAAGUGGACGAGGGUUUGCGAAUCCAACAACUAUCUGGUGGGCAGAAGUCCCUCGUUGCGCUCGCGACGGUGUUCGCCAUCCAGAAAUGCGACCCGGCGCCGUUUUACCUUUUUGAUGAGAUCGAUGCGAACUUGGACGCACAGUACCGAACUGCCGUUGCUGCCAUGAUCAAGGACCUCGCCUCGACUGCUCAGUUCAUUGUUACGACUUUCCGACCCGAGAUGUUGUUUACUGCUGACAAAUUCUAUGGUGUCCUGUUUAACAAUCAGAAGGUUUCUUCCAUUCGCCCCAUCAAGCGAGAAGAGGCAAUGGAAUUCGUGGAUCAGGAGGCACAAGCCCGAUAGACGGUGCAAAGAAUUGCUUUAUGUUAUCUACCUCUAUCCUUAUUUUCGCUGUUGGACAUCCCCCUCCGUCGAUUUGUUGUAACAUUAGUGCCGUGUAUUACUUUGUCAGUUGUAAUUCUCAAAGUGUUUACUAUACUUCAAA